AGUAUGGCGCUACGCGUUCUACCACUAAUGCCGUCGUACCAUCCCCAAAUAUAAAAUUUUUUUUUUAUUUUUUUUAUUUUUGUAAAUAAUUCUCAUGAGGCUCCACGUGCCAAUUCAACGUCAACCAAAAUAAACGAAAUUUAUAAUCAUUUUUAAAAAGAAAAUAAUUGAAUAAUAAAUUUUUUUUUUUUAAAUUAAAAAAAUUAUAAAAAUUAUAAAAUUUAAGUGAAAAAUAAAAAAUAAAAUAUUGAACAAAAGAAAAUAAAUUUUAAGGGUGAAGUGUUGACAAGUGGUGGUGUUGGUGGGUGGUUUUAACAGUGGUUAUUGUGGCAAAGCUUUUCGAUUGAUGGUGUUGGCCUUGAUCAACAACUUUUAAGUUUAAUAUAUUCAUGAAGAAAAAAUAAACUUUUAAUUAUUAUCAGAAAGUGUUUUAUUAAAUUUACACACACCUUUUUUUCUGUUUUAUUUAUUUUUUUUUUUUAUCUUUUCAUUUGAAUUAAUUUGAUAAUUAAUUAAUAAAGUUUAUUAUAUUUAAAAAUAAAUUUGUUGUAAAUAUUAAAAUUUUAUUUAAGUUAAUUUACAUGGAAUUGAAAAAAAUAUAUAUAUUUUUUAUGAAUAAUUAUUUAAAAAUAUAAAGAAACUUUUAAAUAUAAAAACAAUGAAUAAUUAUUGUAACUUAGGACUUUAAUUAAGGUAAUUUGAAAGUAGUUUUUUUUUUUUUUUAUAAGCAAAUAUGGCAUGUCCAUUUUCACGUGGUUUUGAAAAAAAUAAUAGCAGUGAUGAUACAGCUGAUGGAGGCAGUUGUGAUAGAAAAAAUGAUAGAUUCAAACCAACAAGACAAUCAUCAGUGCUGAUAACAUCAUCACUGCUAGGAGAAGAGAUCGACGAUCAGGAAGACACACAAACUCUCAAUUUGAAACAUUUACGAGCUGCUGUACUUAUACUAACAAAUCCAUCGAAUGAAGUUAUGGCUGUGGCUUUGAGUGGAAUAUUAAAUCAAGAUGAUAUACCAGUAACAACAAUGACAUCACUGGAAAAGUUACUUUACAAUGUCGAUAACGAUGAAAACUACAAUUUACUUGAAGAUAUUUAUGAGACACUCAAUUACGAUUGUGACAUUGAUGUUAAUACAUUCCUGGAUAAUUUGGGACAAGAAUUAAUAUCAACAGCUUGUGUUGGUUUACUCGAACGUGCAUUUAGAUGUCUUGGAAAUAAUUUGACAGCAUUAUUAACAACCCUUGACGGUGUCAAUGAUGUUGUUCAACAUCAAUCAGGUUUUGAUACUGAAGCUGAAUUUGUCUGUAUAGCAACACCAGAAGCACUAGAAUUACAUUUCACAACUGACCAUCCAUCAAUUGCUUAUUUACUUGUUGGUAGUCUCAAAGGUAUUGCAAGACGUUUCUAUCAUGACAAUGCUGAUGUCUAUAUACUACCAGAUCCUUACAAUACUAAAUUUUUCAGAUAUCGAAUAACACCAGAAAGAUAUGAACAACUGCUACCAUGUGAUGAUGAAUUUGAUAUUAUGACAGAAGCAUUUCAUUCAUUGUCAACUGAAGCAGCAGAUUUACGUAUGGGAGUUGCUAGUUUUUGUAAAGCAUUUCCAUGGCAUUUUGUUGUUGAUAGAAAACUUGAAAUAGUACAACUUGGUGUUGCAUUUAUGCGUAUAUUUGGACAACAUUUAAAUAAUCAUGGACGUGACAUAUCAACAUAUUUUAUAUUUACAAGACCACGUGGUGUUACACUGUCAUUUCAUGAAAUAUUAAAACGUGCGAAUACACCAUUUGUACUUGGUCUACAAAAGCCACCAGGUGCUGAUAAAUUUCCAGCUGAGGGUUUGGAAUUGAAAGGACAAAUGGUACACUGUCCAGAAUCUGAUUCAAUACUUUUUGUAAGUUCACCAUUUCUUAAUGGACUUGAGGGUCUUACUGGACGAGGAUUAUUUAUAUCAGAUAUUCCACUUCAUGAUGCAACACGAGAUGUUAUUCUUGUUGGUGAACAAGCACGAGCACAGGAUGGUUUGAGAAGACGUAUGGAUAAAUUGAAAAGUUCUAUUGAAGAAGCAAAUUGUGCUGUUGAUGCAGAAAGAGAAAAAAAUGUCAGUCUGUUACAUUUAAUAUUUCCACCUGAUAUUGCUAAACGACUCUGGCUUGGUGAAACAAUUGAGGCUAAAAAUUAUUCAAAUGUUACAAUGCUGUUUAGUGAUAUUGUUGGGUUUACAGCAAUUUGCUCAACAGCAACACCAAUGAUGGUCAUUAAUAUGCUACAAAAUCUUUACGAACGUUUUGAUCAAUACUGCGGACAAUUGGAUGUUUAUAAGGUGGAAACGAUUGGUGAUGCCUACUGUGUUGCAUGUGGUUUACAUAGAAAUACUAACACUCAUGCACAACAAAUUGCAUGGAUGGGUUUGAAAAUGAUACAAACUUGUUGUCAACAUUUAACGCACGAAGGAAAACCCAUAAAGAUGAGAAUUGGAAUUCACACGGGUAUGGUACUAGCUGGUGUUGUUGGUAAAAAAAUGCCGAGAUACUGUUUGUUCGGCCACAAUGUUACGAUUGCCAAUAAAUUUGAAUCGACAAGUGAACCACUGCGUGUUAACAUCAGUCCAACAACAUACGACCAUUUGAUGCAAACACCCGGAUUUGUAUUGGAAGAACGAACAAAAGAUAAUUUACCAAAAGAAUUACCAGCAAAUACAGAAGGUACCUGUCAUUUUCUAAAUAAUUAUCAUCAUCCAGAUGUCGAUGAAAAUGAACUACUUGAUGUUCAUAUUCAAGCGGCUGUUACGGAAUUUGGAAUAUCCGGCAGUUUGUAGAUAUUAAUAAAUAAAAAUUGAAUGUAUUUAUUAAUAUAAAAAUAAUAUAUUGUCGUACCAACGACACUGUACCAAUACUAAAUUAACCUACUCAAUAAUGUAAUAAUAAUAAUAUAUUUAAGUAUAAACUUAAAUAUAUAAAUUAAAUAAAUAAAACAAAGCAUGGCUAUCUCUCAAUGCUCAGCAAUACGAUGAUUAUUAAUAUUACAUAAUUUAAUAGAAAAAAAAUAAAAAAUGUA